UCUUGCUACACAUACAUGCAGAGCAUGUGUUGGGCACACAAACGUUUGUUGACAUUCGUAGUUUCUAUGCAGCAGCAGUGGAGUGAGAUUUGAAAAAUUAAAUUGGAGAGCUAAAAAUAUUUUUUUUGUAAAACAUAUCCCUACAUUUGAUAAAUAAUAACCAGUAAGUACAUUCUGAAAUAUCUGCCAACGACAGACAUUUGAAAUAAUAUGAUUUCAUUGCAUUAAUUAGUGCCUAGGACGUGUGCAGUUUUUGGGUGCAACAAACGCGGCGAUCGUGACGGGGAAAAAUGGUUCCGCUUCCCCGCGGUGGAUAAGCGUAGCGCCAAGAGAAAAGAGUUGUCCGAAAAGCGCCAAAUUGCAUGGACAAAUGCAUUGAAGCGGAUUGAUUUGGUGCCAGAAAAAUGGCCAUCAACGGUGGUUUGCUCGCAGCAUUUCCUUUCAGGUCAAAGUGCUGAUCUUUUAGAUGAAAUGAAUCCUGAUUGGGUACCGAACCAGAAAUUAGGUUACAAAAAUCGGAUGACAUCUGCUGCUAAGGACAGAUUUGAGUGUUUGACUAGGCGGAGUGAAGUAAAGGAGGCUAUCCGAAAGACGUUGGAAACGAUUCCGGAGGAAGAUUUGCUGACGGCUCCAGGUCCGGUGGACAGAGAAACAGUGCUCGAAGAAGAAAUAAAAAAAUUGCAAUGUGAAAUAGAAAUUAUGAGAGAAAAGCACCACCCAUUUCUAUGCACUAGUUUCGAAGAUUUUAGUCAGAAUGAUGACAAAUGUAAAUAUUUUACAGGACUAAACUACAAUGUUUUUAAGUUUUUAUUUGGGUUUUUAGAACCUUAUUUCCCACAACCGACUGGUUCGUGUAAGAUAACGAAAUUUCAAAUUUUUAUUUUUACUUUAGCUAAGCUUAGGCUAGAUUUAGAUCUGACAUUAAUUGCGUACAUGAGUGGAGUUCACGUUAGUACUGUCUCUAGAUAUUUUCGUAAAUGUAUAUACGUCAUGUUUCAACGAAUGAAAGGGCUUGUCAGUUGGCCGUCUCGUGAAUCGGUACAAAAUUCGAUGCCAGAGUGUUUCAAGCGACAUUUCGGUAAUAAGGUCUCAGUCGUUAUAGAUUGCUUCGAGGUGCUCACUGAGAAGCCCAGUGACGUUUUACAAGCUGCUCAAAUGUGGUCUAAUUAUAAACAUUCACAUACUGUUAAAUACCUAAUCGGAAUCGCUCCUAAUGGAUCCAUUAUAUUCAUAUCAAAUGGAUUUGGUGGCCGAGCAAGUGAUAAAUUUAUCACUGAAAAAUCCGGUAUGUUAAGUAGAAUGCAAAAAGGAGAUUAUAUCAUGGCAGAUAGGGGAUUCCUAAUAAGAAAUCACGUUGAAAGUGCUGGAGUUGAAUUACUGUUACCUGCUUUUACUGUUGGUCAAGAUCAGUUGCACCCUCUUGAUAUUGAAAACACACGGAAAUUAGCAAAUGUUAGGAUUCAUGUAGAGCGAGUGAUUGCGCAGGUUCGGAAUAAGUAUAAGAUACUAUACAAGAACAAGUUUCCAAUAAGCACUCUGAAGAAUACUUCAAACUUUUGUGAAACUUCACUAGUGGAUCAAAUUGUGACAAAUUGUUGUUGUCUAGUUAACCUUUGCCCCUCUGUAGUCCCUGAAGAUUAAUCAUUGUACCGAAAUAAAUUACUACAUUUUAUUGAAUUUUUAUAUACAUUUAUUUGAGUUUAAUACAUACAUAAUACAUUGGCAGUCAAAAUAUUAUUUCGUAAUUUCCCUUUUUUCACAAUCUAUCUUUAAAAUACCCUCCUGUAUAGUAUUGGCCUAAAAGUUCAGGCAUAAUAACCAAUCUGAAGAAACUUUCGGCUUUUAUCAACUCUUUCUUCAAAAAUGUGUCGUCUCGGUCCACUCGCAGUAUGACCAAUUCCUUGUUUGUCCAAACAACAAAGUCGCAAAACUUAACAUUAAGUAUAUACAUCUGCAUUUGCACUUGAUAGAAGUACUGAUGAUUGUGGUUCAUUUUAUAUCCUGUUUCCGUAAUUUGAAUAGGACUAUCUGGCCUAGUCACAUAUUCUUUUAUUGUUUUACCGUCUCGCAGGCAAUGAGGGCACUUGAUUUCCACAGAAACCUCUCCACAACAAUCACAAACGGCGAUUGCAUCCGGUGAUGCUCCGAAAAAUGGUUUUUUCUCAACUAAGUGUAGACCAGAAGAAGAAUAAUGGAAAUUUAAAUGUUCAGCUGCCAUUUUUGAACCAUAUGUCUUUAACGCAUCCUUCUCAUGGGUACAUCCAUAUCUCGUCGCAGGUGUUGAAAAACGAUAAUCUUCGGGAUAGCAAAUUUUUCUAAUUAGGUGCAUUGAAGGAUUAUCAAUCGGCGUUCUUGUGGUUGCUUUAAAUGUAGAUGCAGUUAUUUUUCCAACGCGAAAUUUUUCCCAGAACCAACUUGAACUUUGUGAAACUCGUGCUAUUUUACGAACAAGGGGUCUUGUAUAACGCAUAUUCCUCAAUUUACUAUUCCCUAUUUCGCGAAGCUCGUUGAGCGACUUUCCUCUUAAAUUUGGAUCAAAAAAUUGGCAGAAAAGGAUUUUUAACAUAUUCGGAUAAAGAUCAAUGUCACAAAGGCUCGAGUUCACAUUCGAAUGCUUUCUUGUAUUUUCCAUAAAUUGGCCAACUGAUGGAUUUUCUCCGUUAUCGAUCAAUUUACGUAUAAAUACAUUCAACUCUUUCGCAGGGCAUUCGGGUAUCUGGAAAUCAUAUCUGGAAACUGGUUGAUCUUUCUGGCUGAAUAUGUCUUUAAUUUCGCCACAAUUAACCGCUUUUUUCGGUGGAACCAACCACCGAUUAAGUAUAUCUGUACACGAAGGUUCAUUUUCAUUUACUUCUUUACGGGACCAGCACUCGAGAGCAAAAAGCACAGAGCCUACAUGAGAACACACUUCACCUAAUCCUGCCAUACAAUUGCAAUGUGCAGUUUGAACUGUUCCUGUGGGAUCUACCGACACCCAGGUAGAUGUAGGCUUUAGGUUAAAUUUUUGGGAAUGCUUCACCUGCAACAUCGUAUAGUGAGUAAUUUUCUUUACUGAGAAUAUACAAAACUUACCUGAGCAAACACAAUACAAAAACCAGAAUCGACGUAUCUGGAACCUAAAAAUUGUACCCAUCCCGCCUUGAAAUUUUUGUAUGCGUCCAAGCUCUUGAAGGCCUUAAAGCAUUUCCGGGUAUACGGACUUUCGCGAUUUACAAGAUAUUCCACUAGGUCGUAAUAAGUCACAUUUUUUGGUAAGGCACUUUUUGAAUAUUCAUGCUGCAUCCAUUGAUACGGGUCGUAACCAAAACAGAAUUUUUUAAUUUUUUCUGCGUAUCUGGCUUUUACGCUAAAAUUAAAUAUUUGAAUACACAUAUCUUAGCAUGAUGUAAAUAUAGAGUGAUGCGUAAUUUUUGUUUCUGUUACGCUAAAAUAAUUAUUUAAACAAAACUUACUCUUGUCGAUCCAUGUUAAUCAUAUGCAGCUGUCACUUUUGCCUGCCCAACAGACUACUAAUACAUAUGCACGCUGCAAGCGCCCU